GAAUGUCUCGUCUGUUCGACUCGGCCGUCACAGCCCCUUCCACCAGCAACCGGUCCGCAGUCGCUACGGCACCAGCCGCCCGUUGGCACCGUGUAUCCGGUCGGCCAGCUCAUCCGACUGCCCGUCGGCCCGGCCGGGCCGUCUCCAUGGCUGUCCUCGGUCGGCCAUGUCUGGCAGUCGGCUGGGCGACCCGGCUGUCCGCUGGGCCGGCCCGACAUUCACGUGAACCGGCCCGGUCCGGCUGUCGGUCUGAGCUGGCACGACGGACUUGGGCCGGCAGUCGAGGCGGACGAGGCGGACUCGAACCUGCGGACUGACUUCCCGCCCAGCUACCCCGUCGUCUCCCUCCUCCCCGGCCCCUGCCAGCUGCAGCCCCAAGCACCGCCUCCCCCACCCCGUCAACACCAACAACAGCGCCAACAUCCGCAGCAGCAUCAGCAGCAGUUGGCCUUUGCGAGUCCCGCUUCUGGCUGGCCGAUGCCGACGAGUCCGGCGCAGGCCUUGGAGGCGAGCGCAGCCACUGGCCUGGCCGCAUUCCAGAUGACCCAAGCUCGCCUGGGCGCCUACAACCUGUCGCCGCGCAGCCGGUCUCCCGUCGCCCUGGGCGGCUCAUCUGCCUUCCCAACGCCGUCACCUCUGGCUCCCGCGGGCCUGUCGCUCGGCAACUUCAGCGCUUGGACCUCACGACUCCUGUCGGUCUCAUCGCCCCAGCAUCAGCCGGGCCACUUGCAGGCACAGCCUCAGGCCCACCUCGUCGGCUAUCCACCGCUUCGUAGAGCCGGCGGCUCGAGUGACAUCUGCCCCAUGGCUACGGGGCAGACGAGCACUCCAGAACGAGUCUGGCGCCAGCCCACCCUGCCGGCUACUGCUCCGGCUCCGGCUUUGGCGUUGGCGCCGACGACCGAGGCUCGGCUCGCCCAGCUCCAGCUGCAGCUGCAGUUACAAACGCAGUCGCCACAGCUACCGACGACACGCCAGCCUGGCCAACUUGGGCCGGAGGCUACAAGCAGUACAUUCGAGACGGUGCCGACUCUUCCAUCGGACGGCUCGAACGGUGAGCGUCUACUGCCUCACUCCCUCAUGCGUUUGCAAUCACUCCAAGUCACUGCAACCUCAACAGCAAGCACAGCAACAACUUAA